UGUACUUCCAAAAGGCUGACAGAGUCGCUGAACUCGACCCUCCAAUCGCUUCUCUCUUAUCUCUCUUCUACAAACGUGAAAGGAUGUGGCGCUUGACGGCGACGUUGCUGCUGCUGGCUCUGGCCUCGGCCGAACCCCAAGGAUAUAAUUACGAGGAACCCGACAACCAAUACCUUCCUCCCGCAAAAUGCAAGCUUGCUCCUGUCACCUCCGUCGUCUACAACACUCAGCUCCAAACCUCAGUCCGCCUCCAGACCGUCAAUCAAGUCAACACUCAGUACAGAACCACAACCAUUGUCAGGCAACAGGUGGUGCCAACCACACUUUUCCAGACUCGUGUUCAAACACAGGUCCAGUAUCAGACCAGCGUUGUUCAACAAACAACCGUUCGUGCUGUUGACAGGUUUGUCACCCAGACCGUUCCAAGUCCACCUGUUGUACAAACGCGUUUCGUCACUUCAACCCGUGUGGUGCCGCAGGUCAACUAUGUCACACGUACACAGGUGCAGACGCAGGUUGUUCCUGUAGAGGUGACCAGCACUCAGGUCCGGACUAUCAUCCAGCCUCUUACUAAUUACCAGACACAGGAGCGUCAAGCUACCCGUGUCGUCACUGUCCCAGGCCGUGACGUUGUACAAACUCGUGUUCAGACUGUCGUCCAGACCUCCAUUGUCAGGAGCCAACAGCCAGCUAUCACCCGUUUUGUAACAUCCACACGUGUGCAACAGCUGCAGACAUCUGUCGUCCGUGGACAGGAUGUUGUUAGAACUACUGUUGCUCAGCGUCAACAGGUCAUUCCUUUCACAUCUGUUAACACUCGUUAUGAGAAUGUCGUUGCUACUCGUCAACAGGUGGUGACGAGAACCAAUAUUGCUACCCAGACACGCAUCCUCACACAGGUGGUACCUCAAGAGGUGGUACGUACUCAGGUGGUUCCCACCACCAUCUACACCACUCUCUUCGAGACAAGGGUUCAGCCCUUCACACGGGUGCAGACCGUUGUCAGGACCCAGUACGUCACACCGGUCCCCGUGGUACAAACCCGUCAGGAAGUCCGAACCUCUGUGGUCCAAGUACCCGGCCAAGACCGCGUCGUUAACCGGGAGGUGGUGCAGACCCAACAAAGACAGCAGGUCGUGUACCGCACAGUCAACCAGCCUCGCCAAGUUACCGUCACUCAGACAGUUACUUCUUCUUGUGGAUAUAAUUAUGAUGCCCCGGCCGUUCCCUUCAAUUUUUAG